UUUUUGUACAAGUAGUUUAUUUUAUUUUAACUAGCAGCAGCAAAAUAAGAAUAAUCACGAGAUAUUAAUAUUAAAUUUGCCCGGAUCGAGGGGGGGAGGGGGACGAAUAUAGAAGGUUUUAUUAUGGGGAAAGGGAAGGGCUUAGUAAAGAGAACGAUCAUGAUCUGUUAAGAAGGACGAGCUUAUUUACCAAGAAGAAAGAAUGACAGAUCAAGGCUUUUUUUUUUUUCCUUAGAAGGGAUGUAAUUGGUUUAAAAGGGUCCAUGUUUGUUUCUUGCAUUUGCAAUUUUUUUUCUCUUUUUUUUACAAGUACUUUAAUUAAAUACAUAAAUAUAUACAUGUAUAUACUCCCUCUUCUUAGUUAUGUUAAUCACUUCUUUUCUUUUACUCUGUGUGUUAUGGCAAUAUUGCUAUUAGUCAUCAUUUGUGUUUCAAUAGUUAUUAAUUGUGCGUAGACGAUACAUUGCACACAUUAUAAAAAUACAUUCAAUACACUUUCUUUUAAAAAAAAACAAUAAACAAAAUUCCCCCUUUUCUUCUUCUUCUUCUUUUUCAUUAAUAAAGAUACAAGUUCAUAGAGAAGGAGUACACUUUAGUUUCGUUCUCC